ACCGCCAAGGGCUACUUUGCGUUUGCCGCAUGCACCCUGGUCGCCCUGUACGGUCUGUGGUCGAUCUACGCGUUUGGAAUGGCCGACCUCAAGAGUUCGGCUGACCCAAUCGCCGACCAGCGCAAGUUUGUGAAUAACCUCCGGGCAAAGCUCGAGUCCGAAAGAACCUAUCUCGCGGGCUACUCGCCAAAGUACGCCAAGAAGGAGAAAGAGCUGUCGGUUAUGAUCGACGAGCUGGAGGAGAUUGACAAACACAUCAGAGAAUUGUGA